UCUUUUGAAAACUUUCAGAAAACAACUUAUGAAUAAUUGCUUGAACUUCCGUUCGAGAGAGGAUAAUCGACAAAAGUGGUUACUUGUUCUAUUCGUAUGCGUUAUGUUAUUCGAGUUUGUGGGAAAGGGUAACGCUUUAGUUGUUUUACAUCCUCUGGGACCAGAUGGUUCUGCCGUGGUUUAUAGGCAUAUUAUGGCAGUUUUUGGAGCAACAAGAGGUUUGGGUUUCAAAGGGUAUUCUUUUGUUGGAAAUAUCACGUACUACGACAAAAACCCCUGCGCCCCUUUCGAAGACUAUGAUUUUGGUGGAAAUUUUGUUCUAUUCGACGUUUCAAAGGCAACCGCAAACUACUCAACUUGUUCGUUUACGGAGCUUGCCUUUGAAGUUCAAAAUCGGAAUGGUGCUGGCAUGUUAGUCUUUGACGAAGAAGAUAAGCUGUACAUUAUGAGCUCAUCUGCCGGGAUAUAUGGCACAAGACACAGCAUAAAUAUUCCAUGUGCCUGGACAGAGUUGGGUUUAGCAACGUUUAUUCAAAAGGCGAACACAAAUGGAGACUAUGUUCAAAUUGUUCUCAAUGCAACUGCCGAUGUCUUUUUAGAUGGAAAUUUGAGUGGUGGCAUGUUUGAUUCUGUCAUAGAUUUGUUCAAAUCUGGUUUAAUUGGAGUUAUGACAGCUUCUUCUCUUAUUAUGCUUGUCAGACUCUUUCAAGUGUUGUUUGCAUGGUGUCGUGAUAUUCAUGGUCGAUAUUUGCGUAGAAGACGUCUUCGUGGUAUUCCUGUAAAGCAUUAUUCAAUGCCACGUGACUCAGUAGAACCAGAUGUUUGUGCGGUGAAAGGGGAAAAUAUCAAUGAGCUUCCUUGUAAUCACUUGUUUCACCGAGCCUGUAUUUGGAAGUGGUUGGAAAGUAGUCCAUUGUGUCCAAUCUGCAAACAAAAUGUAUUUCCAGAUGCAUCUUUAUCUGAAGAAGGAUUGUAUGAGCCACAGAGUGAUAAUCAUGAUGGAGAUGCAGGUGAUGCCUCGUUUGCCUGGUGGAAUAAUACUAGCCAUACAAAUGCUGGUGCCUCUUCCUAUAGAGACAGAGAUGUACAGUAUGAGAAUCAUCCAGUUGGAAAUGAGUUGGAGGAGAUUACAUUGGAUAGUGCAGAUCCAAGAGCUCGUUCUGACAUUCAUUUAAAUGUGGCAUCGUCAAUACAUAACGACGAAGAUUCUGACAAUCAUACCGUUGAAGUCGUUAUAGAAGAUCAGAACACCAGGAAUGAACCUACACGUGAUACGGCAAUGUUGUGGUUAUCUUCUUUGAGAAAUUGGGGUAGAGUAGCUCGUUUCCGGUUGCUGGAUCGAAACUGAUAUAUCGUCGCUUGAGCUGAUUCUUAUUAUAUACUUUAUGAUGGUUUAUUAUCCAGACACUUUUAUUGAGUCUCUAUGAAAAUAAAUUAUGAGAGCGCGAUUCUCAC